AAAAAACUUCUGUCAUCGUGAUAUUAAAAUGCCCAUCCGGCCCGUUUACCGGACUGGUAUAGAACUAGGUGAGCAAGAUUAUCGUUGGAGCAUCCGAAAAAGCUUGAUGACAACCAACAUCGCCGGGUUCCAUUCUUGUCUCUUGAUCCCCUCAUCAACUAUUCACUUCUGAAUCAUCUUCAACCCCAUUUCACCAUUCCCAUAAUCCCAAUUUCCACCAUGGAAGUUUCACUCAGCAGAUCACUUAUAAACCCCACCAAUCGUCACCUCAUUACCACACUCCUCCUCUCCAAACGCCACCCACAUCCAUCACAUCUACAUAUUCGUCACUCCACCCUUUCAUUUUCAAACCCUAAUUCUCACAAUCGCACUCACCAUUUCCCCAAUUCAAACCCAUCUCUGUUCACUCAAUCCCCAUCACACUCCACCAUCAGUCACAAUAACCCAUUAUCCGUAAACCCUUUUGCUCGAAUUUCAUCUGGUCACAGUGACAACUCGUUUGAGUGGAAGUUGGGUCUGGAUGGGGGAAAAGGUGGAGGGUUAGGGUUUGUUUCAGAGGAUAAACGAUCGGUUGUGACGGUGGUGGUGUUGGGGUGGUUAGGGUCGAAGCAGAAGCACUUGAGGAGGUAUGCUGAGAUGUAUAACAUGUUUGGGAUGAAUGCGGUUACGUUUGCGGCUUCGGUUAACGAUGUGAUUGGUUUGGAUUUGGGGAGGAAGUUGGAGAGUAGAGUUGCAGGGUUGAGUAAUGAGCUUGUGUCAUGGCUGGAGGAGAAAGAGAAGGAUGGGAGAGAGCGGUUUUUGAUGUUUCAUACGUUUAGUAACACCGGUUGGCUAGCGUAUGGGUCUAUUUUGAACUUAUUGCAGGGGAGAGAAGAGCUGCUUGAGAAGAUUAAAGGGUGUGUCGUUGAUUCCGGAGGGGACCCCGAGCUUGAUCCUAAGGUAUGGGCUGCUGGAUUCGCUACAGCGGUGCUUAAAAAGCAAAGCUCUGCUGUUAAUUCUUCAUCUGAGGAUGCGGAAGUACAAAAUGGAGCAACAAAUGUGAAGGAACCUUUGUUCAUUGAGGUCUUACUUUUGACACUGUUUGAGAAGGUCUUCGCAUAUCUUCUUGAAUUGCCGGAUAUAAAGAAGAAGUUGACAAAAGUAACCACCACGCUCUCCGAAAACCAGCCUUCUUGUCCACAAAUCUACCUCUACAGUACAGCGGAUAAGGUUAUACCAUUUCAGAAAAUAGAAUCAUUUGCGGAACACCAGAAGAAACUUGGAAGACAAGUAACCACGUAUAACUUCAAGUCGUCUCCACAUGUAGAUCAUUUCAGAACAUUCCCAGAUACAUACCAGUCUCUGAUUCAAGGUUUCUUGAAAGAUUGUUUUACCGCCAAUGAUAAGCAACUGUACAACCUACAUUAAAAGCCAGAAAAUGGCCCCUUGAUUUCUUGCUUUCAGUCAAGUUGUGUUUAUACAUGGUAUUAACCUUGCAUAAAGUACAAUCUUCAUAGCAUGACCAUCAUUGAUGAUUUCAGUAAAUAGCUCAUUACAGAUGGUCUAAUUUGUAUCUGUGUUCAUGCUAUAUAUUUUUGACAUUAUAACAUUUAUAUAUAGAGUAAAUUGUCAUUUUA